AUGCUCACACACCACAACAAAGACGCCGGUGCUGCGGCAGGCAUUCGCGUGGCUGUGACACACGCGGGGCAGAAGAUGCUGCUUGUGUUUCCCACCACGACAGCGACAGUGGGCGACUUGAAGGAUGAACUUGCACGGCGCAGCGGGGUGCCGGCCGAGAAGCAACGCUUGAUGUUCGGUGGCCCCGUGCUUAAGCGGCACCGUCGUGAGGGACGCAAUGAGGUGCGGCUGAUGGAUCUAAUUGCCGCUGAGCCGCAGGGCGUCGAUGGAGUGGGGGCGUCCGCCGCCGCCGCCGCCGUCACCAUUCCGGUCAUGCUGGUCGGCUCCGCCACCGCCGUUCCACACAUAAACGAGGAGGCGAUGGCGCAGCUGCAUCGGCUCGUAUCUACCACGGUGGAGCUUGACAGCCGCUGGUAUCGCUGCAGCUACAGCCGGGGGUAUGCGCGGCAGAUCGCCUUUGUCUGUCGAACAUGCGUGAGGAAUGGGCGGGCGAACCCGGCACAUGCCCUUUGUUAUGCCUGUGCGGACGUCUGCCACGCUUCGCAUGACGUAGAAGAGUGGGGGGUGCGGUACUACAUGCGCUGCGAUUGCUGCACUGCCGCGUGUUGGCAUCAGGUGGUAGAAAAGGAGCCCGAAGUGAAGGGGAACCAAGGUAGCGAAGAGGCACCGCGGCUGCACGAAGGCAGAGGCGCGGAAGACGAACCCCAACAUUGUUGCUUUCUCAUUGACUCCGCCACAGGGUUGCCCCCAGCAACAUCUGUGGUCCCCUUGAACAGUAAAAAUCGCUAUCCGCGUACGCUGAACUCGUGGUGCUACUGUAACUGCGAGGACAACUUCCCUGCCGAUGACACCGAUGGUGGUGGCGUUGUCUGUAUGUUGUGUACAACCUGCUACUGGAGUUCGCACAUGACCUGCCUCUACUCUGGUGCAUUCCGGCGCAUUCCGUGCUAUGGAGACGUGCUCGAAGGUGCUGUCGUUGCCUUCCGCUGUCGCACCUGUGACACACUUGUCUGCACCCCCUGCCGGUUACGCUGCCACAAGGACCACGAUGUGGAUUCCGAGUAUAUUAUUCCUUCUCGCAAGGAUGGCACGGGGAAUGGGGCCCCGGAGGGUGUCGAGUUUAGCUGUGGGUGCCGCGGCUGCUGCUCCAUUGCAGAGGCGGUUCCAGAGGCGGAGGUGGAGGAUCCUGCCCUGUACAUGUCUAUGCCACCGGAGGCCGCUGUGGAAAUAAUGAACAAUGACCCAUUUAUGGGCUUUGUUUGCGCUCACUGUAUGCAGGAGUACCCGUGGCUUGUGGAAAAUGACCCGCUUCACUGUUAUGAGGGUGUGCUGCCAGAACGUGUUCCUACAGAGCAGCAUAAACGCGUCGUGGCCUGUGGGGUCGGAGCCGAUGCUAAGUGUCCAAGCGACGUCUAUCCGUUUCACGGCAUGCUCCUCUCGGUUGACGCGUUUACAGCGGAUAUGACGUGCAAGUGCACGCCGUGUCGAGAGGCGUACGAACGAUUUGCACCACGCGCCACCACCGCCAGUGUUAACGAGAUGAUGUUGCCGUUACACGACGCCUGCGACCACUGCGGACAUCCGAUCCGGGACGAGCAGGCCUUUAUGUGUCAAACGUGUGAGCUGCAGCAUGAUCGCACCUUUUUUGUAUGCCAGCGCUGCAACGCGCUCCGCAUAGCAGAGGGUAUGCCUCCCCUUGGCGAGGCUGGUGGUGGUGGUGGCAGAAGCAGUGGCAGGGGUGAGGAUCACAAUGGAUCGACCUGCCCAAAUGAGGCUGCAGGUGUAGACCCCUCCAUCGUCCAUGCUGUUGGUGUGGGUAAUGAUAACAGUAAUAAAAAUAAUGAGGGUGAGGAGGCUGUCGCACCGUGGGACCACCCGCUUUCUCAUGUGUUUAUGGAGGACACGUAUGAAAACUUGUUUAGUCUGUGCGGCAUGCAACUCAUGCACAACCUGGACGCCGCGUCGCAGACGUAUGUGUUAGAGAACAUGGAUGCUACCAGUGCCACGUUUGAGGGGGCGGUGCAGCGCACCUUUGGACAAACACCGGUGGUAUUUGACCCUGACGAGGUUGCCAGGCACCACCAGCAGCUCCUGCGGCAGCGGGAGGCAGCAAAGGAGCAGAACGGUGGAGCCAACCCCUCUGCGGUGCCUGGGCAAAAGCGAAUACGCGGCGGCGAAAAUGGUGGUGGGGACAAAAACCGAGACGUCGAUUCUGAAAAACGCGGUGACGGAGGAAGUGGGAAGGACAAAGAGGAAUAA